AUGGCUAAAGCUGAUGCCUCCUUCUCGGAGGACAUGACUGUCCAAGAGUUUUUGCAAGGUACAACCAAACGUUCACGAUUGGGAUCGAUCGGACGCAUGUUCCGGCGCCGCUCCAACAGCCAGUCCAAGAUCCCCAUGGCAGCUGAAGUUGCAAUGGCUGGACCCCCUCCUGCUGCAGUCCCUGCUGGCCCACCAGCCGCCGUGUCCACCCCAAAGAACCAAUCAAACCGCUCCUCAAUCGAUGGACGUGGCCUGCCCCCGCUUCCUGGUACCGCCGCCGAUGACGCAUUGGACGAUGCCAUCUCAGGCCUUCAACAAACCGGUGGCUACAUCAAUGGCCUCGAUGCCUCUCAAAGCUCUGGCAUGCCCAGCGAUGUUUAUGAGGAUCCCGACCAGGCCGUGUCGUCCGAUGCAUAUGAAGAUCCGAGCAAGGCGGCGUCCCCACUACAGGAAGACACUUACGAUGACGCCGACUCGGUCGCCAUCGCCUCUCCCUCGCGCCCAUCAGUUCCCAAGCCAUAUGCCGCCUCUGAGCCCGUUGGCGCCGCCUCUGAUGAGCAAGUAUACGAAGAUCCCGACAGCCACAAACCUGGCCCCACAGCCGAUGCCAGCGCCCACGACUACGAGAAUUACAACGGGGCCAACUCAGGCCUGCCCGAGGCCUUGGCUUCGGCGCCCUCGCUACCGGCCCGUCACCCCAACGCCUCGGCGGCUGCUGCUGCUGCCGUGUUGGAACAACCAAACUACGAAGACGUGGACGAUCAGCACGACUACGAAGAUCCUCAGCCAUUGCCCAGCGAGGAAACAAGCUCGAGUCAGCCACCCCGCGUACCCAUGAAGCGACCGGAAUCUGUCCUCGUGGAGCCCGACCAAGCGCCCUUGCCCGCGGAUCCCAACACUUGGAACAACGGCGAGGUGCUCCGAUGGCUCCGAGAGAACGACCUCAAAGACUUUAAGGAUGCCAUUUACAGCAACGGGUUUGAUGGCAAGAAGCUCCUCACCCUGAACGGCGAUGCCUUCAAGGCUGGUGGCUUUCCUGCUGAUCGUUGCCUCGUCCUGGACCAGGCGCUGAACAACCUGCGCCGCCAAGCGGCACCCACCAACACCCUUCCCAAAGGCUCCACUCUCAGCCCGCCACCCACCGACGAGACAAUUGCACCCCCGCGCCGCGCCAUGGCCAAGGCCGACUAUGUCGCCGAUCCUAGCCUGAAAGUCACUCAGCUAUCCUUCAAGACGAGCGAAAUUGUUUGUAGCUCGCUCGUCGUGUCCCCACAUGGCCCGUGUGCCAGGCCGACAGCCGACUUUCUUGCACAUACUCACACCGUCGCACAUGCCCUGUCCCCUGUGUUUGGCGCCUGGGCUCGCGUGGCAUUCCUAUGCGAAUGUGGAUGUAGGUGCAAGUCCUCGAUGAUUCACACAAUUGGUGGAAGGCUGAGAAUAGCCAGGGCGAGAUUGGCCGCGUCCCGUCCAACUACUUUGAACUCGUUGAUGGCGACGAUUUUGACCACGAAGCGUGAGUUUUGCGUGUCCUUGGCCCGAGUUUGCUGGCAGCACAACCCUGUUUGA